AUGAUCCGUUGGUUUCGAAACUUUGGAACUCUUUUCAGAAAACCAAGAGGCCCUGGUGUAGUGAAAAACGAGCAAACAAAUCCAAACUCACAACGUGUUGAAUCGAGAGCUAUAGAUAGAUCAGAAGAACAACGGAGUGAAGGUGGAAAAGGUGGUGGCGGCGGUGGCGGAGGUCAUGGUGGAGGUGGAGGUCAUGGAGGGGGCCAUGGAGGGGGCCAUGGAGGCGGUGGUCAUGGAAGCAGUGGCCAUGGUGGCCAUGGUGGCCAUAGCAGUAGCCAUGGAGGCCACGGGGGACAUUCCAGCUAUGGCAGCCACAUAAGCCGAUCGACUAGCAGCGCAUCCAGUGGAUACACGAGUCGUGGAAGUUCAGCUUCUACUAAUACAAAUAGCUCGAUGAGCAGAUCCAAAGCAAGUAGAAGUGCCUCUUCUGGCCAAACAACUUCUACUGCAUCCAGUUCUGGAAGCAUCCUUCCCACCGCCUCGACUAGAUCCAGCAGAUCAAUUCAACCCAAAUAUACAACUAACUCAACGAAAUCAACGAAAUCGACAAAGUCAACCAACUCAUCUAGCACAAUCCAAUCGAAUACUACUAGCAGUUUAUACUCACAAAAAAGUGGAAAAUCCACUAAAAGUUCGAAAUCCUCGACAUCAUCCCUUGGAAGUAAACCAAUCGAGAAAUCUCGUCGAGACAGUCGGAAGUCUUCUUCUCGAAAUGAUUCUGUCGCAUCACGAAGACAACUGAGAAGUGUUUCGAAUAAAUCAAAGAGGCAAUCAAACGUGUCAACUGAUUCUUUGAGUACUGUAUCAACAGGGAGAUCUAGAGGAAGAAGUACUGCACGCAGAGAUAAUAUCAAUUCUGUUGCCUCCCAGCGACAAUCAAGAAGUCGUUCUGUAUCAAGAAACAGAAGCAAAAGCAGAAGCAGAAAUCGUGUCAAUCGGGUAAAAUCCGAAUCUCCUGGAAAAUCUACGGGAGGACAACAUGUGAGCAGAAAAGAUGCUGCAAUGAAUAAUGUUCUCAGUCCGACAAAUAGAACUAACCGAUUGGAUCGUAGUCAUUCUGCGCAUCAUGAGAGAACUUAUCACGAGAGACAAACGAAAUCCAACGGAGUUUGGAAUGAGACGUUCCCGAAAGGAACACUGAUUAUGUACACCGAUGCUUCAUACUUGAAACGUGAGCAUCGUUCUGGAAUUGGAAUAUUUGUUGCUCCUGGUCAUGAGUUGAACAGAUCUCAAAGAAUUCGUGGACCAAUUCAAGAUAAUAACUUCGCAGAGUUUAUUGCAGUGAAAACGGCACUGGAAAAUGCUUUGAAAAACGACACGUACAGAAACCAGAAAGUUGUUAUCCGAACGGAUUGUUUGGGUGUGAUCGAAGCAAUGAAAGGAACACAAAGCACGGCGUAUCCAUCAGUGAAAUCCGAAGUAAUAAAAUUGGCGAAUCAAUUCCCAAGAGGAGUCGAAUUCCAACAUGUUUAUGCUCAUGAAGGAGAUCCAGGAAAUGAAUUGGCGGAUAUGUUUGCUGGAAUUGCGAGUGAGAAAAGAGAUGUGUACGGUAGUGGAUACAGAAGAAAUCGCAGUGCUUCCAGAGAGAGAAAUCGUCAAAGGUCAAAGUCGAAUGAUCCAUCGAUAAUUCGUAGCAGAAGUCACUCAAUCCAAGGAAGACUUUGA